AUGGAGAAGGAUCUGGAUGAUCUGUUGGAUGAGGUCGAGACCAAGUUUUGCAGACCCGAACCACUAAGACUGGGCCUGGGCCCGCCGCCUAAAGUCUGCGGCGGCGGCAACCAGAGCAGCAACCGGAACGGAACCGAGGCGAAAAAGACUCUCAGAGUGUCAAACACAUUUGAAGGAACAAAUGAUCUUGACAGCCUUAUUGAUGAAAUAUUUGAAGAGUCUAACUUUGACAUGAAACCCAUGAAAUCUAAAUUGGAAUCUUCAGGUAACACAUCUGUCAGAGUUUCUAUUCAAGGCCUUAGUAAGAGUUGCAGUCCGGUGUACCUCGGCGGAAGUACUGUUCCAUGUGGUGUCGGAACAAAUACCUCACAAAGAGCUUGUGACCAUCUGCGCUGCAUCGCCUGUGAUUUCUCAGUAGUGAGCUAUGAUGACUGUAUGUGGGACAAGUCAUGCGAUUAUUUGUUUUUCAGGAACAACAUGCCAGAAUUCCACAAAUUAAAAUCUAAGUUGGUAAAGAAGAAAGGAGCACGGGCAUAUGCUUGCCAGUGUAGCUGGAGAACAGUGGAAGAACUGACUGACCUUCAGACCGAUCAUCAGCUCCGUUGGGUUUGUGGAAAACACAAAGGAUGA